UCCUCCUGUGGAUACAUGGUUGUGCAGGACAGCACGGAUGCCGGGGAUGCCAGAGUGGGCGUGCAGCUAGAGCCCUUCCUGCACCAGGUGGGGGGGCACCUGAGCGUGAUGAAGUAUGAUGAGCACACUGUGUGCAAGCCCCUCGUCUCCCGGGAGCAGAGGUUCUACGAAUCCCUGCCUCUGGCCAUGAAGCGGUUCACUCCUCAGUACAAAGGCACCAUCACGGUGCAUCUCCGAAAAGACAGCCGAGGCCAUCUCAGCCUGGUAGCGAACCCACUGAAGGAGAACCGGGGGCCCUUCAAGGUCUCCACGGAGUCGGCGGCAGUGGCAAUAUGGCAGACUCUCCAGCAGACCACCAGCGGCAGCGGUGGCGCCCACACCCUCGCCCAGUGGCAGCACACUCAGCUGGCACACUCAUUCAAGGAGAGCUCAGCCACGACACUCCUGAGGUCAGAGUUCCACCUCAACGCCCACGUGUCCUCGCUGGUGGAAGAUGCUAACGGAAACCAGGCCGAGAGGAGGAGCUUUAACCCGUGGGGUCUGCAGUGCCACCUGGCCCACCUGACCCGCCUGUGCACUGAGUACCCGGAGAACCAGCUGCAUCGGUUUCUGUUGCUGGAAAACGUCGUGUCACAGUACAAGUACCCCUGUAUCCUUGACCUGAAGAUGGGGACCCGGCAGCACGGGGACGAUGUGUCCGAGGAGAAGAAGGCCCGUCACAUGAGGAAGUGUGCUCAGAGCACAUCGGCCUGCCUGGGCGUCCGCAUCUGCGGCAUGCAGGUUUAUCAAAUUGAUAAGAAGCACUUUCUCUGCAAAGACAAGUAUUAUGGAAGAAAACUCUCUGUUGAGGGGUUCAGACAAGCCCUCCAUCAGUUCCUGCAUGAUGGAACCCGCCUCCGGACAGAGCUCCUGGAACCCAUCCAGCGCCAGCUUCGGGCCCUCCUCUUGGUCAUUCGGAACCAGAGCUCGUACCGGUUCUACUCCAGCUCUCUCCUCAUCAUCUAUGAUGGGCAGGAACUGCCAGAAAGGACCUCAGAGGGCCUGCAUCCUCCGGAGGCUCUGCAGCCGGACCACGGCAGCUCUUCUGGAAGCCUCUCCAAAGUUGACAUCCGGAUGAUCGACUUUGCUCACACAACAUACAAAGGCUCCUGGAAUGAGCAUACCACUUAUGAUGGACCAGAUCCAGGCUAUAUUUUUGGCCUGGAAAACCUCAUCCAGAUCCUGCAGGAUAUUCAAGAGGGAGAAUGAGGCUUGUUGGGCCUAUCCAGAUUUUUCUGGAGCGCAGAUAUCAAAAGGGACCUAUUGGCAGCCGGGGUACUCCAGACACUGUUAGAGGUCUUUGUAAUCAUUAUAUCCAUGUUCGAAAGCCAUACGUGGCAUAUUAAUGGCUGCU